AUGAGCGAGCCGCCAUCGCACCGGCGCCGCCGGCUUUCAGAUCCCAUCCACAAGGUGACCAGCACAGUCAAGAUGCUGGAACGAAAAUCGGAAGCCAAGCUCCUCCUCCUGUGGGAUGAGCUCCCCGCCUGGCGCCGCGACAACAUCUUCAUCACGUCCGGAUACCGGCCGAUCCGCGCCUCGUACACGCACGCUUUUCAAUCGCUCUUCUACCUACACAACGAGUCUGUCAACAUAUGGUCCCAUUUGCUGGGUGCCGUGGCGGCCCUCUCAUCGGCCAUGUACGUCUACUACGUCGUGCAGCCGCGCUACGAGCAAGCCACAUCUGAAGAUGUAAUCGUCUUCUCGUGCUUCUUCGGCGGUGCCACCUUGUGUCUGGGCAUGAGCGCCACCUUUCACGCCCUGAUUGAUCACAGCCGGGAGGUGGCCAAGUGGGGGAACAAGUUGGAUUACAUGGGCAUAGUGGCGCUCAUUGUCGGCAGCUACGUGCCAGCUCUCUAUUACGGGUUUUUCUGCCACCCCAAGUUGAUGGUGAUGUAUUUGAAUCUGAUCUGCCUCUUGGGUGUUGGGUGUGCGAUUGUGUCGUGGGUUGAACGAUUUCGCUCGCCCAGGUGGCGACCGUACAGAGCCGCCAUGUUUAUCGGGCUGGGACUCUCUGGCGUCGUUCCCGUGAUUCACGGAACCACGAUUUAUGGAUACUCUGCGUUGGAGGACCGCAUGAGCAUUACCUGCAUUAUUGCGCAUGGCGCAAUGUACAUCUUUGGCGCGGUCUUGUACGCGGUCCGUUGGCCGGAGCGUAGUUUCCCGGGAGCGUUCGACAUUUGGGGCAGCUCGCAUCAGAUCUUCCACGUCUUUGUGCUUUUGGCGGCCGCGACGCACUUUUACGGCAUGGCCAAGGCCUUUGACAACCACCAUCUGAAUGGGCCGCAGUGUGCUUUCGAAUAG